AUGAAGUUCUCAACCGCGACCCUCCUCGCGGCCUCGAUGCUCGCCGCGAGCGUCCAGUCCCUCCCGAUCCCGGCAACAGACAGCUCGACGGACACUUCCUCGAACGCCGACUUCACGCGGCUCGAGGCGGCGCUUGGCGAGAUCUCGUCCGUGUCCAAGCUGGAGGGGCUCUUCCUCCGCGACGCCUCCGACGAAAGCGCAGCGCUCGUCGCGCGCGCCGCCAUCGACGCCGCUUCCGUCUCGACCGUCCCGCUCGCGUCCCUCUCCACCGCCGCCGUCGCCGCAGCCGCCGGGUCCGGGGGCGCCGCGAUCUCGACCGCGCCCGUAACUUCCGCGCCGCUCGCGUCCCUCUCGGCGACCGCGGCGGGCGCGAGCAGCUCCGCGGCGAACAACGCGGCCGGGGGCUCGGGCGGCGCCGCGGUCUCGGCCGCGUCCGUCACGAGCGAGCCGUUGGCGUCGCUCUCGGCCACGGCGACAGGGAGUGCGGCGUCGGGCUCGGCGACGGGCAGCGCGGCUUCGAGCGCGAUGACGGGCAGCGCGGCGUCGAGCUCGGCGAUGAACGGGGAUGCGUCGAGCGCCGCCUCGAGCGCGAUGACCUCCGCGACGGACAGCGCUGCGUCGAACUCCGCGGCGGGAAGCGUAACCGCGAGCUCGAUGACGGGCAGCGUAACAGCGAGCUCGAUGAUGGGCAGCGCGGCCGCGAGCUCCGCGACGCAAAACCCGGCCUCGAGCUCGAUGAUGGGCAGUGCCGCGUCCAGCUCCGCGACGAACAGUGCUGCCUCGAGCUCGUCAGUGUCGGGGUCCGCCACCGUCGUGGUCUCGGUCGCGAGCUCGGGCACGUCUGCGCAGACCUCCGCCUCGUCGUCCGCCAGCUCGUCGAAGAGCACCAGCACCGCGUCGUCGGGCUCCUCUGGGAAGAGCACCCACACCGCGUCGUCGGGCUCCUCUAGAAACAGCACCAGCACCGCGUCCUCAGGCUCCUCCGGAAACAGCACCCACACCGCCUCGUCGGGCUCUUCCGGGAACAGCACCACCACGGCAUCCAGCUCGCGCUCGACCGAGUCGUCAAAAUCGAAGGGGAGCGCCACGAUCACGGUCACGACUCACACCACGAAGGUCGUCACGGUGACCAACAAGGGGUCGUCGGGGAAGACGACGGAGCGCUCGUCCGCCGCGACCUCGACCGCGUCGUCCGAAUCCUCAUCGGCCAAGAAGGGGUCUUCAGAGACCACUUCCGCGACCAAGACCGAGACGACCGCGUCCGCCGCGACGACGACAACGAAGGAGUCAAAGAGCAGCAAGACGACCGAGACGUCGGGCGCGAAGAGCAACGCCUCGUCUUCGUCCGCUGCGGCGGCGAAAACGAAGGGUUCGACGGACAGCAAGACGACCGAGACGUUGGGCGCGACGAGCAGCGCGUCUUCGUCCUCGUCCUCGUCCGCCGCGGCGACGGAGACGACGGGUUCGAAGGGCAGCAAGACUACCGAAACGUCGAGCGCGACGAGCAACGCCUCCUCGUCCGCCGCGGCGACGAAAACGACGGGUUCGAAGGACAGCAAAACCACCGAAACCUCGAGCGCGACGAGCAGCGCGUCUUCGUCCUCAUCUUCGUCCGCUGCGGGCCUGGUCGGCGGGUUACCCAUCAUCGACGUGUAG